UCACAGUGAAAGUGGGUUUUUAGUUUUCUUUCUUUCAUCCAACCAAAAUGUUUGAGUGAUAUCUCACCCYCACUUCUCCGGAGAUUCCCGUGGUAUAAGAUUGUCCAUUUGUCGUUUGUCAAUUCUUUGUAUAAGCAUCAAUUACAUAUAGGAUAUUCUAUGGAAAAUACAUCAAUUAUUGUGCCUGUCAACAACAUCUCAACAACUAAUUUUAUUKGGUGUCAAUGGCACACGGUAUUGUAUGUCCUGCAACGCUGUGUGUAACACAAAAAGUGCCAGUUGUACGAAAUGUCCCAAAAUGAAGCUGGAAAAAUGUCAACAAAACACUGAUAUUUGCAUCGCAUCGUGGACUCCGACUUACAAAGGGACAGGGAUGCUGGCUAUGUGCUUUCCCCUUCCUCCUCAGGAAGACAGGAUCAAAUACAGCAAAAUUUGUAAACCGUGGAACAGAAAUGGAACCUACACAUGCUUAUGCCGAAGAAAUGGAUGUAAUAAAGUUCCUUUGUUGACUACUACUAGUGUUCCUUCAACUACAAGAUCACCAAAGAUCACUAGCGAUGGCCUCGUAGCUCUCAGUACACAAAAAACAAAAUCAAAYCCAUAUACCUCAGGACACAGCAAAGCACCUUCAUGUUCAGUGCGAUGCAUCGCCAUUUUWUGUUCAUUGUUAAUCUUGCUCCUGCUCAUACUUGGAAUGUAUGUUGCUGCCAAGAGAAGCUCCAAACACCGAAAAUCAUUCCCAGUGAACGACGUCUCUCCCAUGAAGACAAAAAAAGUUUCAGCGAUCACUUUACUACCACACAGCCUUCCGGAACUCAAAAUCAAGAUCGCUGAAGGAAAUAAAUGUGCUGUAUGGAGAGGAACUUUCAGUGGAAUUGACGUUGCAGUUAAAUGUUUUUCAGUGGAAAAGGAAUGUUUAUGGACCAAUGAACGCCGUAUUUAUUCCAAUUGCUAUGUCCAUCAUAAAAAUAUUGCUGUCUUGGUGGCCKCAAGUAAUCCAUURACCAAUGGCGGAAACCAAAUAUGGCUAGCUACUAAAUACUGCGAGCAGGGUACACUCCAGAGUUAUCUUAAAUCACAYGAUCUGAGUUGGGAAAGRUUGCUGRCCAUGGCAAAAGACAUAACUGCAGGCUUAGGUUUUCUACACAAGGACUGCCUUUACCYAGGGAGAGGACAUAAAGCUGCUAUUGCACACCAAGAUCUCAAAAGCAAGAAUGUAUUCAUAGAGGGKGAUGGAACUUGCGUCAUUGCUGAUUUUGGUCUAUCCUUGGAAUUAACGAAGGACUACUCGCGGCAGUUGUAUCGUGACGGACAAGUUGGGACUGUUCGUUACAUGGCACCAGAGAAACUGGAAGCACGAUUUGACAUCGCAGAUCCGGAUUCCUUUAAACAGAUUGACGUUUAUGCCCUUGCUCUUAUUCUGUGGGAAAUGCUAGCACGUUGUCAGUUAGGACAAGGACAAAGCACGUGUAUGGAUUACACGCUGCCUUACCAAGAUCUCGUUGGAAAUCACCCAACACUUGCUGAGAUGAUAGAUGUGGUCUCAGAAAAUGGCUGUAGGCCAAGGAAGCCAAAACUAUUGAUGGACAAAUCAACGCCAAAUGACGUGCAUCAUCUUUGGACCACAAUCACUGAAUGCUGGGACGAAGAUCCAGAAGCUCGUCUUACUGCAGACUGUGUGUCAUUACGACUAGAUAAUCUUUACUGCAAAUCAGUGUUAAACUGAAACCAUCCCACAACUACCUUUUCAAGUUCUCGCUACAACACUCGAACAAUUAUACCGUGAAUGGAGAAGCAAGGAAGAGUUUCAGAAAAAAAUGGAUGUUUUAAUCGCUUCUACAAUUAGUUUUUUCAGUAUUGUAAUUUCCAUGUCUUACUCGGAGGUCCGAAAAUCAGCCAAUAUGGCGUUUAUUWUAUAGGUGAGUUUUCAUAUACAAACUGGAAAGUAAAGAUUACUAAAAAUUAACGAUAGAACAACAGAAGUACUACUAGAAUAUUGAUAUAUUUGUUGUACUUUGAAUAUUGAUAUAUYUGUUUAUAAUAACAAGUCAACUUAUAAUGCGCAGCUUUUGCGUAAUAUUGAUAAGUGUCCUCAAAUCUAAAUGUUCAAUAAAAGUUCAAAAUCAA